GUAGAAGACAAUGUGAUUAUGACUAUCAAAAUUCUGCAUGAUAAGAGAUAACAUCCACUGUGGAUGUUCCUCCGACGCAACCUCUUUGAGGAUCUCUUCAAGGGAGAAGUGAUUGCCUGUACCAGCUGCUUAGAGGUGAUCCAGGUACGAUUAGGAUUACAUUGGUGCUUUUUGGAGCAUAUGGAAAAUGGAAGAAGUUCGAAUUCGAUUCAGCGAUGUGAUUCAAUCUGCACAGGUCUAUGUUAGUGAUAAGUAAAAUGAACCAUAAGCAUAAUGGUCUGUAUGGUGAUAGUUGUUUAAGAGUGCAAUAGUGUUUAAAGCUAAGUCAUCUGUUUCUUCGCCGGCUACAAUCCUACCACCGAUAACCGAACUUACCGAGACAGUCAAACAUCAACAUGGCUACCGAAACAGGACUGCGGGUUGUGAGGCAGUACUCGGAUGAAGGGCGAAAUAUUGCUAUGAGGGCGAUAAAUGAAGCAAAUGUCGAAGCAAAUAGCAUUAUGAGAAACGCAUGGUAUAACGUACUUGAACUUGUUCAAAGACUGAAAAACACCGCUAGAGAAUUAGCUGAUCCAUCAAUAAUCUACGAACAGCUGCAGAUACUUUUCCGGAAUGAGAUUUCUUUAAAUAAUGCCUUUUUUGUGCUAGUCGGGCUUGGAUUUGGAACUACUGGUGGAGUCCUAUUGGGCUUUUGGCUCGCUAGACCCAAUCUUGCAAUGCCAAUAAUGAAAUCAAUCGCUUGUACUUCAUUUCGAGAUCCGGACAAUGUAGCUGUGUGCAAUACGGGAGUGCCACAAUUUGGGUCUUCCAGCGAUAUACUUGUGCGGGUUCGGGCAGCCGCUCUGAACCGGAUUGAUCGUCGAAUAGCAUUCGGAUAUGGUCGAACCCUACGAAAAAUGAUAAAUAACUACGAUGCCAGUUACAACCCUGAGUUACCACUAGUCUUAGGUCGAUCUUGCGCCGGAGUAGUCGAAGCGGUUGGCAAAACGUCAAAAAGUGGAUUAGAAAUAGGCGAUGAAGUUUGGCUGGCAGCUCCUUGGUAUGAAACGGGCACCGCUUCGGAAUUGGUGGUAGUGCCUGAGACGCGAAUAUCUCGGAAACCGUUCCUCAUCGGAUUCGAAGGCGCGGCAAGUUUGCCGUACAGUGGUUGCAUAGCAUUGAGCUUAAUGGAUUCCCAUGGCCUAACGGAGCAUACGUCCAAAGGCAAACGAGUGCUAGUGCAGGAUGCCUGUUCGCCAGUAGGAUGCGUGAUCACACAGUUGGCCAACAAAUGGGGCGCAAAUGUUGCCGUUACCUGUCACACGCGAUCAGCUCCCGUCAUUCAUGAACUAGGUGCCGCAGACAUAAUCACUUUCGCAAACGAACACUUUCGAUCGAAUUUCAUCGACGUUAACGUAGAAAAAUCGAAUCUAAUCAAUGAGUUGACACCGCGUGAGAAGUUCGACUACAUCUUCCUAACUACGCGGAUCGCAUAUGACCACACAUUUCUCGAGAGAUUCCUAACAAAGCGCGGCAUUAUAGUGGAUGCCGUAGAGCCGGAGUUGGCAUCUGAUGAAUACGGACCGCUCGCCAGGGUGCUACUGGCGGUGUUGGUCAGGCUACGGAAGGCGACAGCACUUAUUUUCCGAACUCACCCCGACUGGGGCGGACCCCAUUUGUGCCAUCUGGUGUUGGAACGAUUGGCCGGUUUCGUCAAUGACGAAACUCUGAAAACCGUCGUUGAUAGGGUGUACACGCCAAACGAAGUUGAACGAGCACUAGAUCAUAUAUGUAGCGAAAAAAGUAUUGGUAGUACGAUCAUUACCUUCCGAUAGGCAUAAGCUGUUAUUUUUUUUUAAUUAUUUAUAUUUUUUUUAUAAACGCAAACAACUCUGAGGCUUGGGAACAAUACAAGAUUAAUGUAAGUGAAUGUAAGGCUGAUGCACAAAGUGUUGGUACUCCAUAAAGACGAAUUCGAAAGAUUAGAAUAAAUUUUAAAAUAAAACAAUAGCAUCUCUAGUGACAAGCCGUAUGUUACCAAUCGGCCUCUAUAUCUGGAUUUGUUUUUAGUUUUUAAAAAACGAAAUAAUCACUUUUAUUUUUGUUCGCACUGCGGUGCACUGUGAAGGAAACAUGGGAAUGUAACUGGUUCGAUUGAAUGAAAGCAAACCAACUCAGUGGUUCUUCUCCCAAAACCAAAUUGUUUUUGUACACCGCUAAAGAAAUUUGCAAAUUGUUACCAUAUUCUACGAAAAAAUCUUCGAAAUAUUUUAAGUGGGCAAAAAUAAUAAAA